AAUAUUUCAAUCUUUUUUGUAAGAAGUUCAGAAUAAAGGGCUUAUGUGAAGGCCGACUCAAAGUAUUUGAAAAGCACAGUUGUCAUACUUUCGCCCAAAAAACACAAACUUACAAUGGCUGUGGAGAACAAAACAAUGGAGAUCACAGAAGGGUGCCAUGUGCCUGCAAAGUUUCAGUCUUCUGAGGAGUGGCGAGAAGCAGAGGUCCUGAGCAAAAAGGAUGUUGGUGGGAAAACCAUGUAUUAUAUUCACUAUCUUGAUUUUAAUAAGCGUUUGGAUGAGUGGGUGGAUGAAAGCCGUUUAAACCUGGACAAGGUAGAGCUGCCCAAGAAGGAUGCUAAGACGCCAGUGAAGGACAACAAGGCGUCAGGUUCCAGACCCAGCAGUCCUGAGAGAGAGCUGGUGAAUGGAGGACUCACCAAAAAGGGAUCUGUUCUUGGAAGAAAAAGGAAGCAUUUUGAAACCAAUGAUACAGACUCCAGAGAUGGUCUAGGAGUACAGGAGGAACCGAGUGCCCCCAAGGCUCCCAGGCAGACAGGCAGUAUGGUGGCCCAUGGACACCAGGAUGACAUAGUGACUAGGAUGAAAAAUAUCGAGACCAUCCAAAUAGGGAAAUAUAGAAUAAAACCCUGGUACUUUUCUCCAUAUCCACAAGAGCUGACCAACAUUCCUAUAGUGUACCUGUGUGAAUUCUGUCUCAAGUAUAUGAAGAGUAACACAUGUCUUAGAAGACACUUGGCCAAAUGCCCACAUAAACAUCCACCAGGGAAUGAAAUCUACCGCAAAGCAAACAUAUCCUUCUUUGAGAUUGAUGGGAGGAAAAAUAAAACAUAUGCACAGAAUCUUUGUCUUCUUGCCAAGUUAUUCUUAGACCACAAGACACUGUACUACGACACAGACCCCUUUCUCUUCUAUGUGAUGUGUGAGUCUGACAGCCAGGGGUUCCAUAUUGUGGGCUAUUUCUCAAAGGAAAAAGAAUCAACAGAAGAUUAUAAUGUGGCAUGUAUCCUUACUUUACCUCCUCAUCAAAGGAAAGGGUAUGGAAAACUGCUGAUUGAAUUCAGUUAUGAGCUGUCCAAGUUUGAAGGUAAGACAGGAACCCCCGAGAAGCCCCUGUCUGACUUGGGUCUCCUCUCCUACAGGAGCUACUGGUCACAGACUAUACUGGAGAUUCUAAUAGGACUCAAACCCAAUGAGAAUGGGGAGAGACCCGUCAUUACUAUCAAUGAAGCAUCAGAACUUACCAGUAUUAAGAAAGAAGACGUCAUCUCCACUCUGCAGCAUUUGAAUCUCAUCAAUUAUUACAAAGGUCAAUACAUCAUCACACUAUCCAAGGAACAGUUAGAUACACAGGCCAAGGCCAUGCAGAAGAGGAAAACAAGAAUUGACUCAAAAGCUUUACAUUGGCAACCUAAAGACUGGAGUAAAAGAGGAAAGUGGUAAAAAAAGGAACGGGCCUAGGCCACUGAGAAUGGAAAAAUGAAGAAUGACACUGAAAGGCUGAAGAGAAAGAGAAAUUUGCCAAAAUGGAUGAUUAAUCUCUUAGCUCUGUGUAGAGCAGAUGGUGGCGCCAACUGUGUAGGGCACACAGUGGUGCUGCCACUUCAUGGACUUGUUCAUUGCACACAUAGAGGGUUUUAUCCAAGGUUUGAAUUGCUGUGAACAAAAACCAGUGAAAAGAAGCAUGCAUCUAUUAGCAAAUCAUUUUAAUAUAAAUAUUCCAAUUCACGGAGUAGUAGUUUAAAAUAUUUUCUGUGACCUAGAUGAACAAGUUGGUUCCCCAUGAGGAUACCCAUCAACUGUGAUGUCAAUACAUUUGUCUGUAAUACCCUUUGUCUUUCAAAGUCAACAAGGUUUCAUUGUUGCAAAAUGAAAAGUGGAUCAGGAAGAAUUAAUAUCUGUUUGCUUGGUGUUGGUUAAAACAAUGUUGAUAAGUCUACCAAGAGGGAAGAUAAUUAAAAAGUCAAUGACUGCAUUCCCACUGAUUUAGAUCGAUCCAUCUGGAUCGACCUAACUCCCUGGGGGUUCAUGCUAAAUUGCUGUCAGCCGAACACG